AUGCCUCGCCAGAUCAUCACUAUCCAGGUCGGGCAAUAUGGCAACCAGAUUGGCAUGGAGUUCCGGAAGCAGCUCUGCCUCGUGCACGGUAUCGGCAAGAACGGUCUCCUCGAAGAUUUCGCCACUCAGGGUGGUGACAAGGAGGAUGUUUUCUUCUAUCAAGCUGAUGAUCAACACUACAUACCGAGAGAUCUUUUAAUGGACUUGGAACCAAGGGUAAUCAAUGGUAUCCAAAACAGUGUAUACAGAAACUUUUACAACCAUGAAAACGUUUUUGUCUCAGAUCAUGGUGGUGGUGCUUGGAACAACUGGGCUAGUGGUUAUCAUCAAGGUGAACAAGUUGUAGAUGAUAUCAUGGAUAUGGUUGACAGAGAAGCUGAUGGAAGUGAUAGUCUUGAAGGAUUUGUAUUAUGCCACUCGAUUUCUGGAGGAACAGGGUCAGAUCCUUUUCUUGUCAAAUUGGAAUUCUGA